AGGAUAAAAGGACAGAAAUCGAGGGGCUACUACGCGCUCAGGGCAGGUUUAUCAGAUUGUGGGCGUGGUAGUUAUUGCUAGAGAGCGAAUUACAAUGUCGGGCAGAGGAAAGCAGGGAGGUAAAGUGCGGGCUAAGGCAAAGUCUCGCUCCUCGCGGGCUGGGCUGCAGUUCCCCGUGGGCCGUGUGCACCGGUUGCUUCGCAAAGGUAGUUACGCGGAGCGGGUGGGGGCUGGCGCCCCGGUCUAUAUGGCUGCGGUGCUGGAGUAUCUGACCGCUGAGAUUCUCGAGUUAGCCGGCAACGCUGCUCGGGACAACAAGAAAACCAGGAUCAUCCCCCGUCACCUGCAGCUCGCCAUCCGAAACGACGAGGAGCUCAACAAGCUGCUGGGGAAAGUCACGAUCGCUCAAGGGGGUGUCCUGCCCAAUAUCCAAGCUGUGCUGUUGCCUAAGAAAACCGAAAGUCAUAAAGCCAAGAGCAAAUGAAACUGACCAAGAAGAAAGGUGAAUCCUUCAACUUCAGAGCUAACCCAAAGGCUCUUUUCAGAGCCACCUACUGUCUCAAAAAAAGA